CGUGUACAGGCGGAGGCGGGGCCCAGCUGCGUACUCGUUCCGGUCUUGGUGGUUGUUGUUGGUGACGGAGACAAAUUUAAACAUCUAAAAAGACUUGAUUAGAAAAUCAAAUUCAUGAAGUGAAGACCACGCGACAUCAUCGCUGGCAGGGAGCAGGUUUUUUUUUUUUUUUAACGUUGUCAGAUGAACUGAGCACUGUCCGACCGUCCUUGUUGCCAUGAGUAACAGCCACCCGCUGCGUCCCUUCACCUCGGUGGCAGAGAUCGACCACGUGCACAUCCUGUCAGAGCACGUGGGCGCGCUGAUCCAGGGAGAGGAGUACAGCGACGUCACCUUCAUUGUGGAGAAGAAGCGCUUCCCCACUCACAGGGUCAUCCUGGCCGCACGCUGCCACUACUUCAGAGCUCUGCUGUAUGGAGGGAUGAAGGAGUCACAGCCCCAGGCAGAGAUCCCUCUAGAGGACACCACAGCCGAGGCGUUCAGCAUGCUGCUGCAGUACAUCUACACGGGGCGCGUGUCCAUGAGCAGCGAGCGCGAGGAGGUGCUGCUCGACUUCCUGAGCCUGGCGCACCGCUACGGGUUCGAGCAGCUGGAGGACUCCACCUCGGAGUACCUGCGCACCAUCCUCAACACGCAUAACGUGUGCCUCAUCUUCGACGUGGCCAGCCUCUACUCCUUGCGCAAGCUCAGCACCUCCUGCUGCACCUACAUAGACCGCAAUACAGCUGACGUGCUGGCCAGCGAGGGCUUCCUGUCCAUGUCCAAGCCAGCCUUGCUCAUUAUGGUGCGGCGGGACUCGUUUGCAGCCCCGGAGAAGGAGAUCUUCCAGGCGCUGUGCUGCUGGUGCCGCCACAACUCCACCGAGCUGCCGGAGGAGGUGAUGGGUGCGGUGCGGCUGCCACUGAUGAGCCUGGAGGAGAUGCUGAACGUGGUGAGACCAUCUGGACUGCUGUCCCCCGACGCCCUGCUCGACGCCAUCAAGAUCCGGUCCGAGAGCAGGGACAUGGACCUCAACUAUAGAGGCAUGCUGAUCCCAGAGGAGAACAUUGCCACUAUGAAGCAUGGUGCCCAGGUGGUGAAGGGGGAGCUGAAGUCGGCCCUGCUGGACGGAGACACACAGAACUAUGACCUGGACCACGGGUUCUCGCGCCACCCCAUCGAGGAUGACUGCCGGUCGGGCAUUGAGGUGAAGCUUGGCCAGCCCUCCAUCAUCAACCACAUCCGCCUUCUGCUGUGGGACAGGGACUCACGGUCGUAUUCGUACUACAUUGAGGUGUCGAUGGACGAGCUGGACUGGGUGAGCGUGGUCGAUCACUCCAAGUACCUGUGCCGCUCCUGGCAGAACCUCUACUUCCCUCCCCGUGUCUGCAGGUAUAUUCGCAUCGUAGGCACUCACAACACUGUGAAUAAGGUGUUCCACCUGGUGGCGUUCGAGUGCAUGUUCACAAACCGGCCCUUCACACUGGAGAGAGGCCUAUUGGUGGCCUCAGAGAAUGUGGCAACAAUCGCGGCCUGUGCCAGUGUGAUUGAGGGGGUGAGCCGGAGCCGAAACGCCCUGUUGAACGGAGACACCAAAAACUACGACUGGGACUCGGGGUACACCUGCCACCAGCUGGGCAGUGGGGCAAUCGUGGUGCAGCUCGCACAACCCUACAUGAUUGGAUCAAUAAGGUUGUUGCUGUGGGACUGUGAUGACCGGAGCUACAGCUACUACAUUGAGUUCUCCACCAACCAGCAGCAGUGGACAAAGGUCAUCAACCACACAAAGGGUGGCUGCAGGUCAUGGCAGACACUUACCUUCGACAGGCAGCCUGCUUCCUUCAUCAGAAUCGUGGGGACACACAACACCGCCAAUGAGGUGUUCCACUGCGUUCACUUCGAGUGCCCAGCCCAGCUGGACUGCGAGGUGAAGGAGGGCAGCUCCGGAGAGCCUGGCCAAGACUGCCCGCCCCAGUCCCGGCCCUCGCAGCCCUCCAGAGCACAAAGCCUGCAGCCCCCCUCCCCCUCGGGGUCCUCCUCCUCCUCCACCACUGCAUCGAGACCUCACUCGCGCCACUGAGAGAGACCCAGCCACCAGCCAUGGUGCGCUCUUUGUUCAUAUAUGUUGUUGCUCUACUGUACAGGAGCCCUCUGGUCAAACCUCAAACGUUCUCAGCUCCAAUAGGCCUGUCUAUCUCUCUCUCUCUUGUUUUGAUUGUUUGUUUGAUAUGCAUAAAACUGUCAGUGUACCUACAGACAGCUGCAGCCUUGCAAGGCUGGUAGUAAUGCGUUUUGCUUUUUAUGUGAAGGGUUAAAAUGAAAAAUGUGUGCCUAGGGGGUCCUGUGAGGCUAGAUUUGAGCUCAUCACAUAAUGCAAUCUCCAUAUCUGCGUCUGUCUCCGCAGAACGGUCUAAAACAAUCUGAACGGGAGCCACUUCCAACAUCAAUAUUUUAAACGUUUAAACAACUAUUGGAAAAGAUAUGCAUGUCAACUAUAGAGCUCAGUCGUAGUGUUUUAUAGUGUAGGAUGUGUGCAGUGUAACAUCUAACAUCCCAGACAUCUAGUGACCUGGCUGUCCUCCACAUACGCCUCUUGGUUUUGGGUUCUAUGUAUCCUACUGUGUGUGUGUGUGUCUAGGGCUCAGCACCUAAAUCCUCAUCACACAGCUCUCUCUCUUUUAAACUCAUUAAUAAGAUGUGGAGAGACCUUGUUGCAUGAAAACUGAUCGGGAGAGAGCUGCCCAUGACACUACAUGAGAACCUCGCUGUGCGAAGUAAUCUGAGAUAAUCGCCACCUACAGUACACAUUAGAAAGAGUGUGUCUCAUGAGUUAGGGGGUCGGGGGAGAAGCAGUAUUUUAUAUUAAACAAGCUUCCACCGAAUAAUUUGCUCGUGGGCUUAGCUGAGGGGGCUGUAAUUGCACGUCUGAUUGAUUUGCAUUGAGAUGAAUGGCUGUGUCAGCAAGAAAGGCUGCAUUCAGCUUGCUGGUGUCACUGGGGGUUUGCUCGGCCCGCAGGACUGUCCCAGUGAGGCUCCAGGCUGGGAAACUCUGCUCUGAUUGUAAAGCAGGGUCGGUAAUUACCCAGGCCGAUGCUGUCACAAGGAUGAAGCGAGCGCAGCAGUCCUUCUCCGAGACAGAGACAGAGAGAGAGAGAGAGAGAUAGCACACAUGAAUAUUAUCCACACACCGGCUUUCACUCCUACAGGAUACAACUUUUUUUUUUUAUAAAUAAAGCACCACUCGCAUAUCAUUAUUAUAAAUUGCCUUGCUAAUUUUUGCAUUCCAGAAGAAAAAAAACGUGGGGUCUAUUUGAAAAUGCAUUUGUUAUUUGUGAAUCAGUUUAAUAAGAAAACACAAAAUCUGGUCAAAUAGUAACAUUUUCAAUUUCUAAGAGUGUAGAAACAGUGAUUUAUAGCUUUUAUUUCCUGUCAAAUCACAAUAUACUGUGUGCUUUUUCUACAUCCGUUACAGAAAAAAUACUGCAGUGCUUGGAUUCUCAGUGCUGUGGCUCAGUUAAUAAAAGCAGCAUUGCAAAUCUUUUGUGUUUUAAUCAUAAAGGUGGUGCUGGGAGGCUAGAGUGUAGGGGUGAAAGAUAAUUGAACUCAGCAAGGGGACGGCAUUAAUCAGGUACAAUAGAGCAAUCAAUAUACAAUUAAAAAAACAACCCUCUCUCCUCUGACAGCUGCAGCCAGGUACAGUUCAGCACUGCUGUGUUGUGUGUGUUUGCGUGUGUGUGUGCGUGUAUGAGUGCGUGCGUGUGUGUGUGCGCACGCAUCUCACAGACCUCACCUUACCUCAGCUCCUUUCCAGGCCCACAGAAGCGAGUACCAGAACAAACACAGUUCUAAAUUAGGUGGAAACAGACUUGGGACAGAGGGUAGGCAACACUAGCCAUGUUGUUGAUGCUAAAUAACUGGGGUCCUUUAAGACAAAGUUUUGAGAUCAAUCAGUUACUCAGAACCAGGCGAGCACUGAUGGACUGAAUGGCCUCCUAUUGUUCUUAAUUUUUUCUAAUGUUCUUAAAAUGUUUGGAGUAAAAAAAGGGGGCAAACACAAAAUCUUUUUUGUAAAAUAUACUGCUGUGUGCUUUAACAUGCAGCCUUGAUGAGGUUAAACUGCACCUGUACAAUAGAGCUUCCACAUUUUAAAGAAAUAUUGUAUAUAACUGUUAUAAAAAGGCCUUGUUUUGUAAAUUGCCUUAGAAGUAUUAUGUCUGGUUGUUGUUGUUAUUAUUAUUAUUAUUAUUAUUAUUAUUAUUAUUAUUAUUAUUAUUAUUACCGCUGUGCAUGCUGAAUCACCCACUUAGGCGCUGACUUCCAAAAGCUGAUAUAAAUUGAUUUACAUUUUUUUCAGUAUGUAUUUAUAUAUAUUUUGCUCAGUUAAGACACAUUGGACAAAAUUCCCUAAACAUUAUAUCCAGUGCAACAUUUGCAAAUUGUAUAAAACUUUUUGUAUAAAAGAUUUUGCCAAGUCAACGCCCAGGGGGCAUAAAGUUGACAUUAGGCAAAGGUGUGUGCAUGAAAUUACAAUAUGUCAACUGUUUUGUCAUUCUAAAUAUUUUCACAAAACUAACAUUAAACUUUAAAGUUACAGUGUGCAAAAGCACAUCAUGAAAAACCACAUUUUGUAGGUGAAAAAAAGCUAGAAUGAAAGUCGCUACAUUUAAAAAAUAUAUAAAAAUGGUCAAUACAAGCUAUUGGUAGUGUCUAAAAAAAAAAAUCAAAAAUUUGGAUUGUAGCGUAACAGGACUGCGGAGUCCGUAUCAUCUGAUCCGAUCCGAAACCACCGAACUCCACGUCUUCGUCAUCUGAACCUUCAUCACUGACGAUGCAAGCAAUUGUUUGAAUCAUUAAUGCACAGAGCAACUACUUCUAUGUACGUGAGUUGCGAUAUUUCCCCUCCGGCAUUAUUUGCGCAUGGUUAUUAAAAACCGGAGAGUAAUGGUGUAAUGGCAGCUCUGGAGUAAAUGUUUAGGGAAUUGUACCCAGUGUUGAUUCCUUAGUUCUUGGAGUGCCUGUGGGAGUCUCAGAUUCCUAGAAUGCCUGCUAGCACCUGCAGUGUAUAGGGUGGAUCUGCAGGGGACAGUCUCUCCUCUAUCCAAACAUCACAUCGGUGCCCCAGCCUGCACCUUCAGGGGGUGCUUCUUAAUAAAUUAGUCCCUCCAGAAAAACGCAAUUCCGAGAUCACAGAAAGAAAAAAAAACUCGGAAUUAAGCUCUACUUGCAGAAUUUAAUGCAUAGCAAAAAAAACUGAAAAGUUGUAAAAGGUUCAAGAAUAUGGCAUAAAAAGUUAAAGACAUCACUGUAUAUUAUAAUGCAGUGAGCAGCUUUUGUUCAGGUUGACUGAUGUGGCAUUCUGCAGGACUGCCUCACUGUCAAACUUCAACUUUACUUACCAAAGUGUAUAAAAGAUGUCAAUAAGCAGUUAUAUUUUUUAGUUUGUUCAAACUGUACUUCAAAAAAAUAAAUAAAUAAAUAAAUACCUUGAGUAUCUAAAUAAAAUAUGAAAAAUGUAAUACGUUUUCCAGCAAAUUUGUAGCAUAGGAACCAUUUUGCACUGGCGGAAAGAUACAUUAGAUAAAGGUUAAUUUCAAGUUUAAAAUGUUAUUGUUUUUUUGUUUUCUUUCUAUAACAUAAGCAUAGAGCCAUUUUCUAAGAGCAGUAACCCACUUAUAUUACUGCACUUCUGGGUGGUUGAAGACCGGCCUAUGUCUUACUGUUGUGAGUCAUUGCUUACUUGGCUACUUUUUCUUAUUUAUUAAUACUCAUUAGCACUAUUUAAUUGAACAGUCAUUGACACAGAAUUGGACAAGUUCUUUGCAGAAAAUCAGUUUUUCUCUUUGCAGAUGUUAGAAAAUGUUACUGCAGAUUUCCUUGGGGCCUAAUAAAUAUUUAGCAUAGUAAAUUGCAUUUAAUCUCAUGCUUUUCUCAUGGCUUUACUGUGCGUUUAUCAUAGUUUACCUUGGUUUGAUUUGUUUUUUAAUAAGCUUUACCAUGCUUUAUUACACUUUUAGAAGUGCUGUGCUGAAGAACCAAAGUCCCACGUACAACCAGACAGCACUGCUGUCGUACAAAAGGAUACAGUCACUGUGAUAGUGUUCUAGCUUCUGCAAGGUCAGCAGCCCACAGGUGUUCCUGGAUGUAAAAGCUUACAGCUUUGUUAUUUAAUCACAGCUAGCCUGCUGAGCAGUUUCUAUGCAUAGGUUUUCUUGAAGUAGCGUUUGAUUUUGACUGCACACAGUGGAGGGGAGGGGGUGCCUCAGGCACACUUUGAACUGAACCUCUUCAGAGGGCUUUAAGUGUCUUUUGUGUAAUGAGGGUGUUUGUGGGGAGCCUGUUUAGUAUGUAUUCUGUGGAUAUCUGCACAGGUUGCAAUAAAGGAGAUGUACAUAUUUUGUGUCUGUGGUUGUGAGAGGAUCUAUUUAUGUAUGACUGUACAGAGUGUGUGUGUGUGUGUGACUGGGUGCACAUGAUCAGAUAAGGAUCUAAUUAAGUUUAUCUCAGCAGAUAAGCUUGUGGUAGCACAGUCAUAUCACUCAUAAUUAUUAAAGACCCAA